CCCUGCUAACAACCCCAACUCCGUCUCCUCAGCUCACCUCUACUAUCUACCUGGCUUGGAUUCGUCGAUCAUCACCGUCGUAAUUGCACUCAAUGCCUCUCCUCUUCCGCCUGUUGACUUCCAUGCUAGCUAGAGCUAUGUACGGAAACGGCAGCGUGUAUUUUUUUAUGCUUCAAUAUGUGCAUAACUCCCAUUCAUCGCAUACACAUAUACAUAAGUAGGUACCUCUGCCUCGUACAUUUCCCCCUGCUCGCAUUUCGGGAAUAUCCCAUCCCAUUGUGAUCGCAUUCUCUCCAUCCGAGCCUCUCGAUGCGCAUCGGUUAUCCCUCCUCCCGAGUCUCUCUGAGCUCGGCCUUCUCGCGAGAUAGGUACACGCGACGCAGAAGUCGAGGUUUUACAUGAAACGUACCAGAGACAAGGUCAUGUCUUGAUCGCAGCACUACUUCCUUUCUCCCGCCCCAUCGUCCUCCCGCAAUAAGAAUGGCCCGCCCCAGCAAUGACCAGUUCCCCAAAGUCCAAGGCGGAGGCAGCUUGAUUCUGGCCUGGCAGAUCAGGAAUAAGAAUGUGCUGGUGGUUGGCGGUGGUGAUGUCGCCGCUGGUCGCAUCCUUAACGUUCUGAACGCCGAUGCCAAUGUCAUCGUCGUGAGCCCAUCCUCUGGUCUCAACCCCGAGGUACGCCACCGCAUCGCCAACGACGAGGUCGUCCAUCUCGACCGUGUCUUCCACCCCACAGACCUCGAGGCUUUGCCCGUCAGCAAUGCGCCCCCAGACAUGGUCCUCGUCGCAGUUGACGACCCCGCCGUCUCGACACAGAUCUGGAAACUGUGCAAGGACCGUCGUAUCCCCGCUAAUAUUGCUGACGUUCCCCCCGAAUGCGAUUUCUAUUUUGGAAGCAUGCACCGCGAUGGUCCCUUACAGAUCAUGGUCAGCACCAACGGCAAGGGACCGAGGUUAGCUGCCAGCAUCAGGAAGUGGAUCGGAAUCCAGCUGCCCAAGGGUGUGGGCAGUGCUGUCGAGAGGAUAGGGGAACUGCGUGUCAAGUUGCGCCAGAUAGCUCCUGGCCCCGAGGAGGGACCCAAAAGGAUGCGUUGGAUGGCCAAAGUCAGCGACGCCUAUAGCUGGGACGAGAUGUGUGGGCUCACUGACGAGGACAUGGAUAAUCUCCUCACAUUCUACGAUGGGGAUGAGGUGCCCCAUCUUGACUUGCUAAAGGGUAUGCGAGGCGGAAAGGCCCUUGAAGACAUAGAUAUCUUCGACGGAUCCUUCGGCUUCAGCGUUGUUGCCUAGUCUGUCCGAGCUGGGACCAGCGAUCGAGACCCCAAUUCGCCCUGAUGGCGGCGCGAUGAUCGCCUGAGAGUCUUCCGGAUACCAUGUUCCAUCGUACCUAAGCUUGACGCUAUCCCAAGGGUCGCGCCGCACUCUCGAGCAAAGGCUUCAUACUCAAAGAUAAUAUCCAAAUCGGACAAUGCAGUCAGCUGACCUACUCCCUUCAAGUCAUAAAAUAGUUAAGGCGAGAGAGGCUAGGAAUUAUCUUGCCGGAACAACGUUACUUGUAAUAUCUAACGCACUACCCGACAUGCAAACUGCAUCGUCUUCCAAAUAGGCGAGGGUGGGCUACUACUAGCAUGCAUCACCAUUAAGCUUCUAUUCAUUAGCGCAUACCCGUCAUUCCUGUCGACUUGUUGAAACGGUUGAAAAUUUCCCAAGGAUUCCCGCUCUUCUCAUCGACUAUCGAUGGAUACGUGUAAAAGAGACUGUUGGGGAUGGAACUCUUCAAUUACAAUUUACAGGCUAGAUCUCUCAAUAAUAAUUCAAGGCACCAAUGCGUCGUACCC